GAGGGGCGGGGGCGCGGUCGGGGCCGCCGGGCUCUUCCCUCCAACUCCUCCUCCUCUUCCUCCUCCUCCUCCUCUCCCCCGGCCGCCCGCCGGUGCCGGCGGAGGCGGGCGGAGCGGGCUGGGCCCGCUCGCAUCCCCCCGCACCCCCUCCCCGCCCGGCUCCGCCUCGCCGAGGGAGCGGGGAGCAGCGGGGCUGCCCGGCCAGGCCGGGAACCGGCAGCCCCGGAGCCCCUCCCCGGGCCGGCCCCGCCGCCGCUCCGCUGGCCGCCGCCGAUGGCACCGCGCUGCCGCCGCCAACUUUGCUCUAAAACCACACGCCCUUGCGAUGGACAGAGAAGCAGCCCGAGUCAGCUGUUCCCCCGCGUUGCCAGGCUGGAAAAGCUCGGAGGAAGGUGCUGACCGGGUGCUCCGAAGCUCCGGGGUUCGCUGCCCACGGGCUCAGUGGGAUGGUGCCAGCAGGCCGAGACCCCCCCGCGCCCCUCACGGUGCCGAUGUGACCAAGCGGCCGGCCGGACGCUGCAGCGCCGAGCCCGGCACGGCGAGUGCAAGGGCUCGUGGCCCCCCCUUUGGGGCCCGCCGCCCGAAGAUGAGCGAUGGCGGGUGGAUCUCGCUCAGCCCCACCGAGUUUGCCCAGCUCCAGCAGUACACGGACUAUUCCACCAAGAAGCUGAAGGAUGUCCUGGAGGAGUUCCACGGGGACGGUGUCCUCUCGAGGUACAACCCCGAACAGCCCAUCGACUACGAGGGCUUUCGCCUCUUCAUGAAGACCUACCUGGAGGCGGACGUGCCCGAGGAACUGUGCCAGCACCUCUUCACCUCCUUCAAGCGUAAGAUCUGCCAAGCGUCCCCAGAGCCCCAGCGCCAGAGCCCCAGCGUCUCGCAGCUCAACACCCGCGAGCCCAAGUCACUCGAUGCCGGCAUCUCCAUCCAGACCGAGGUGGCCUGCGCCCCCGUCACAGGGAUCAAUGGGAAAACGCUUCUAAGUGCCCUGGGACGACACGCUCCUGAGCCCAAGAGCUGCCCCAGCAACGUGGCUGAGCCACAGCCGGUGUCCCUCACCCCGGCAUCCAUCCCCAACGCCUCCCCGAGCUGGUCCAGGUCGUCCUCGCAGAAGUCCACCACUGGCACCCCUUCUGCUCACAACUCCUCGGGCUCCUCGAAGAUCUCCUCUGGGUCACUGCUCAGCCCUCAGUCACCCGGCACGAGGACUGUGGAGAAGAAGUUACCCUUCAGCCUGCGGAAGAGCCCCAGCUCCCUGAAAGCCGCCCCCCGCCCCCCCCCCGCCCCCCUGGCCCAGGUGGUCCACCUGAAGGACAUCGUCUGCUACCUGUCCCUGCUGGAGAGGGGACGGGCGGAGGACAAGCUGGAGUUUAUGUUUCGCCUCUAUGAUACCGAUGGAAACGGCCUCCUGGACAGCUCGGAGCUGGAUCGUAUCAUCAACCAGAUGGUGCACGUGGCCGAGUACCUGGAGUGGGACUCCACCGAGCUGAAGCCCAUCUUGAAGGCGAUGAUGGAGGAGAUCGACUACGACCAUGACGGGACCGUGACGCUGGAGGAGUGGAUCCGGGGCGGCAUGACCACCAUCCCCUUGCUGGUCCUGCUGGGGAUGGAGACGAACGUGAAGGACGACGGGCAGCACGCCUGGAGGCUGAAGCACUUCAAGAAACCUGCCUACUGCAACUUCUGCCGCACCAUGCUGCUGGGGGUCCGCAAGCAGGGCCUCUGCUGCUCCUUCUGCAAGUACACCGUCCACGAGAGGUGCGUGUCCAAAGAUAUCGCCUCCUGCAUCAGCACCUACGUGAAAUCCAAGAGAAACACGAGCAUGAUGCAGCACACCUGGAUCGAGGGCAAUUCCCCCGUCAAGUGCGACAGAUGCCACAAGAGCAUCAAGUGCUACCAGGGCAUCACCGGCCUGCACUGCGUCUGGUGCCAAGUCACUCUCCACAACAAAUGUGCCUCCCACGUGAAGCCGGAGUGCGACGGGGGCCCGCUGCGGGACCACAUCUUGCUGCCUUCCUACAUCUGCCCCGUCGUCCUGGACAGGCAGUCCCACUGCCGGAGAUCGGAGAGCGACUCCCCUGCCAGCACCAGCCCCGAGGACAACCAGGGCUUCAAGUUCAACUCCACCACGGUGGAUGGGCAAGGGCUGCAGAUCAGCCCCCGGCCCGGGACGCACCCCCUCCUGGUGCUGGUGAACCCCAAGAGCGGAGGAAGGCAAGGGGAGCGGGUCCUCCGGAAAUUUCACUACCUGCUCAACCCGCGCCAAGUGUACAACCUGGACCGCGGCGGGCCCGCGCCAGGGCUGAGCUUCUUUCGGGACACCCCUGAUUUCCGCGUCCUGGCCUGCGGAGGGGACGGCACGGUGGGCUGGAUCCUGGACUGCAUAGACAAGGCGAACCUGGUGAAGCACCCGCCGGUGGCCGUCCUGCCCCUGGGAACAGGCAACGACCUGGCCCGGUGCCUGCGCUGGGGAGGAGGCUACGAAGGAGGCAACCUGAUGAAGGUCCUGAAGGACAUCGAGCACAGCACAGAGGUGAUGCUGGACCGCUGGCAGAUAGACGUCAUUCCCAGCGACAGAGAGGCCAAUGGAGACCCCGUCCCGUCCACCAUCAUCAACAACUACUUCUCCAUCGGGGUGGACGCCUCCAUCGCCCACCGCUUCCACAUCAUGCGAGAAAAGCACCCUGAGAAAUUCAACAGCAGGAUGAAGAACAAGCUGUGGUACUUUGAAUUCGGGACGUCGGAGACCUUUGCGGCCACCUGCAAGAAGCUCCAUGACUACGUCGAGGUGGAGUGCGACGGGACCCCGCUGGACCUGAGCAACGCGUCCCUGGAGGGCAUCGCCAUCCUCAACAUCCCCAGCAUGUACGGCGGCUCCAACCUCUGGGGCGAGACCAAGAAGCAGCGCGGUUACAACCGCCUGGGCAAGAAAGCGCCGGAGAAGCUGCACGCCACGGUGGUCACUGACGCCAAGGAGCUCAAGUUCUGCGUGCAGGACCUCAGCGACCAUCUCCUGGAGGUGGUGGGGCUGGAGGGCGCGAUGGAGAUGGGGCAGAUCUACACGGGGCUGAAGAGUGCCGGGAAGAGGCUGGCCCAGUGUUCGUCCGUCACCAUCAGGACCUCCAAGCUGCUGCCCAUGCAGGUGGACGGGGAGCCCUGGAUGCAGCCGUCCUGCACCGUCAAAAUUACACAUAAAAGCCAAGUGCCGAUGCUACUGGGCCCCCCCCAGAAGAGCAGCUUCUUUUUCCUGAAGAGGAGAAACCGAACUCGAGAUUAAGCAGCGUGCGAGGAGCCGCAGCGCAGAGGCACCCGGCGUCCCGGACACCCACCUGCUGCGGGGGGGGGGGUCCCCAAAUCCCUGCUCUGCGGGGGGGAGAGAAAACACCCCCCAAGCUCCGUGGGGAUGAUUUGUCCUGGGAAGGUCCUUGGAGGCUCCCUCCCAACCACCACAAGCGUCUUCUCCAGCCGGGAUGGAAGCGGCGGGCGAAGGCAGGCUGACGUGCGGGGAACGUGUUCGCUGGAGCAGCUGGGUUGGGUUUUUUUUUUCCCUUUAUUUAAAUAACUUCCCCCCCUCCGCCCGCCCCGGCAGAGCUGCAAAUGAACGCGCUCCCAAGAAAACGCCAAGCUUCACUUAUUUAUUUUUGAUCCUCUUGAAGGACACUCGAUGUUUUGCUGCACUGGCUUUCUGUCCACCAACCCUUGCACAUCGGAGAAGUUAUUUAUUUUCUUAAGCCUAGAGGAGACGGUCUCGGCCGUGCCUUCGGCUGCCGUUUCUGGGACAGGGUUUAAGCAGAUGCAACGACAGCCUUUGCUGCCGGCCCCGGGCGCUGCGAGGCGUGGGACAGGCUGGGGACAGACGGCACCUGGGCCACGGGGACAAGCGCGGGGGCGGAUGGGAGGAAACCGUGUUUUGAUGUGGAAACGACAAAAAAGGGAUUUUUGGGAGGGGAGCUGCUGCCCCCGGUAAACCCCCGUGCCCCAGCUCUGGGCUUCACGUUCAUAUUUAUGUAUUUAUUUAGCAAACUUUGGGGGGGCUUUGGGGGUCACCUUCUUUUUAUGAGCCUGGGUUGGACACGUCGCCUCCCUUCUCUUCUGGCCGUCCCCCCGGCUGCGCCCCCGGCACCUCCUUCCACGUGGAUUUUCUUCUCUCCUAAAGCGUGCCAGCCUGCGCUGGGGGCUGGGGACGCGGGGGACACACAUCCAGCAGCCCUUCUCGCUUGGAAGUGUCCCCCGCUGCGUUUUCAGGCGUCUCUGCGUGAGCUUCACCAGGCCCGUGCUCUCCUGGUGCUGGCUCCGAUGCCCCUGGAUGGCUGCAGGGAGCGGGGGGAGCUGGCGCACCUCGGUUUCUGCACGGCCAGCGCUCCCCCCGCCCCCAGCCCACCCCAAAGCCGAGGAGCUUCGCUGCUGCCACCCCCCCUGCACCCUCCCACCUGCACGGGCGCCUGCCGCUCCUCUCCUCCUCGCCCAGCCGGGAUGCACGGGCGGGUUUCGGCGGCAUCACCCGUGCGUCCCCCCACCGGGCGCGUGGGGACAGACCGUGGGAUGCGGCUUCUCCCCAGGAUGCGACAGGACCAUGGACGAAUGCACGGAGGAGGCAGCGGUCUGGAUGUGCGCCUCGCUUCGCAGCGCUCCCAGGAGCCGGGAGCUGGCAGGACCGGGCCACGGAAAGGGCUGCUGGUUGGUCCCGCAGGCGCCCGCUGCCUCCUGCGGUGGCCCUGUGUGGGGGGACGCCUGGCCCCCGAAUCGGCCCCCGCUCCCAGGCAGCUUCCUCGGGUCUGGCAGAGGCCCCUGUGCCGCUGCGAGCGAGCCGGGAGCAGCCUGUGCCCCUGGAUGUUGCUGCAGGCAGGAAAGCCGCUGCUCGUCCCUGCUGUACCCCUGCCACAGGGCAGGGACCCCCGGCUGGGACAAGCCACCCUCUCCUCCUCGGUGACCCGGUGCCCGGUCCCUCCUCAUGCUGCAGGUCCCCAUUCACUUGCAUCCCCCUGGCAGUGCAGAGGGUGCUGCCAUCAUUAUGUUUCAGAGUGAACAGGCAGCUGUUCACCACCCUUCCCAGGCAGGGACGGUGGUGGUAUGCGCCUGUUCGAGCUUUAGCUCGGGGCUGUUUCCGGCAGCAGCGGCGGGGCCCUGCUGCCACAGGAGGAGGGGGCAGCGCCCCAGGGGACCCCCAGCCCGUGAGUCCCCCGCAGCCGGGGCGCAGGAGGAGGCUCCGGUGGGCACGAGGGUCACUGCAGCUCACCGGAGCCGUGACCUGCGUCCACGGGCACGCUCCACUGCGGUGCAUAAAUCCACCCUCGUCCUUGUCACCCGGGGCGGCCAUUAAUGAGUGAAAGCAUACGGGAGCUACGCCAAAUAAACCCCGGGUCCCAGGGACCAGCGGCCUCCGUUUCCUCGGCCCCUCCCCGACGGCAGCUGUGCCUCGCAGCCCCCGCCUUUGGGGAGAGUGAAAGAAAAAAAAAACCAAAACCUCGACCCUCUCCAGAGCUUUGCCGACAGGCGGGGCGAUGGCUUGGAUGACAACACACGAGGUCAGCGGCGUUUACAGCAGCGGGUUUUGGCUCCAUUUCCCUGCCCGUUUGGCCUCGACCUGGCGUCUGAUCCCGGGGCUCCGGUCAGCAAGCGCCUGUACGGAAUGGCGGAGCUGCUCCUUGCACCCGGUCACGGUUUGCUGGGCUCCGGGCAAAGAGCAGCGCUUGGGGGUCUCUCUCUGCUCUGGUUUGCCGGCGGCAGCGCAGCCAGGGGAAGCAAGCGGGCGCCCGUGCCUGUACCCGCGGGUCUGGCAGCGUGCCGGGGGCAAGGGGUGCCCUCGUUUGGGCUCAAAGCCGGGGGGAGCACCCAGAUAUCUGUCCCGCGGGGCACGGGGAGCCCGGGGCCACCGCCCUGGGCCAGCGGGAUGACCAGCACCACCGGUCUGCAAAGAGCGACGGGCUCCGACGGAGACACCGUCCCCUCUCUGAGCAGGGAGGUGGUCCCUGCCGCCUCCCCCAGGGACGCAGCGUGGAUCUGCUCCCCCCGUGCCAAAGCCACGGUUCAACGGGCCCUGGCAGCUCACGACCCCCUUGUCCAACGGCGCAAAGGUCUCCAGCCCAGGAGGGGACCCGCGGGGGCUGGGAUGCCAGCCCGGCUGUCCCCGGCUCCGGGGAGGACUGCGCCACGCGGCCGAGGGGCACGAGAGGCUCUGAACCCCCCCGUCCCCCUCCGUGUCUCCCAGCUCAGCCCCGUUCGUCCCCCAAAGGCCGUGGGAUGGAGCGAGACCCCCCAAACACCCCCCCAGCCCCAGGCAUGGGUGCCAGUGUGCGAGCACCCCACCGAGCCGGCGUCGUGCUGGGGGACCCCCAAGAGCCGGGGAACACCAAUUGCCACGGGAGCCCCAGCCCGACGCCGGCUCCAGCCCCAUCCUCCCGCUGCGUGCGUAGCUGUGGUUGCCUGCAUGGAAAUGGCGUCCGUAGCGUAGCGCGUGUUGCCGUGUACACCUGGACUGCUGUGGGCUUGCCUCAAAUAAAGGUGGUGAUGAAA